AUCAUGGGUCGCGUAAACAUCGAUCUAGUCUAAACCGCCCUGAUCAGGUUUCAGUCCGGUUCUCAUUAAAAAUCCGACAAAACCACUGAAAAAUUGUUUUAUUUUUUCUUUAUUUAAUAAUUAUUAAAUUAUUUAUUUAUUAAAUUGUUAAAUAAAAAUGUCUGUUUCAUUUAAAAUUCCGAUCAUCAGCGUUGUAUCUGCUUCCUUACUUGCGUUCAUCAUCUGCAGUUUUUAUUUCACAUUCACCAAUCAAGGCUAUAGAUAUGGAAUCAGCUGGAUUCUUGAUCAAACAUCGCCAUUCAUGUGGGCCAAUCUUGGAAUCGGCCUCAGCAUAUCUCUAUCAGUUGUGGGGGCUGCAUGGGGCAUUCUGACAACAGGCUCAAGUAUUUUGGGUGGGGGUGUGAAGGCUCCAAGAAUUAGAACAAAGAAUUUAGUGAGUAUCAUAUUUUGUGAAGCUGUUGCCAUCUAUGGGAUAAUUCUUGCUAUUGUCAUCAGCAACUAUGAACAGUCAUUUGAUGAGUCCAAAUGGAUGUUGAAGACUCAAGCUGAACGAGAGAAACUUGUCUAUAAUAACCAUUUUGCUGGUUACUCGAUGUUUGGAGCUGGGUUGACGGUUGGUUUCUCAAACCUGUUUUGUGGGAUUUGCGUCGGCAUCGUUGGAUCCGGAGCUGCUCUGGCAGAUGCUCAAAAUGCAACUCUCUUUGUAAAAAUUCUUGUGGUAGAGAUUUUUGGUAGUGCCAUUGGCCUCUUUGGAGUUAUUGUAGCUAUUUUGCAGAUCCAGAAAGUCAAGAUGGGCGAUAAAGUCUUUUAAUAAAUGAACAACGCAAUCAAUAUUAAAAGAUUUUAGUUUUGAUUCAAACCUAUAUAUUUGAUAACAUAAUUUCUUCCUGUAUAUUUUCAUGUGUAAAUAUUAUUAUUAUUUAAUAGGUAUGCCAUCUUUAUUUAAUGCUUGAGUUUGUGUAGGAAUGUGAAAUUCUGGCCAAUUCAGACUCUUGUAUUAUCAGAAUGUAUGUGCUUGCAGGUGUGACUGUUUGUUUGCUUGUUUGUUGUUCGUUUGUUUGUUCGUUCGUUCGUUUGUGUAAGGAGAUAGAAAAAUUAUGUACAUCUUUACUGCAUUUAAUCUAAUUAGUUUUUUUUUUUACAAAAUUAUCCAUUAAUACAUUCUUAGUUUUUGUAACUUGCUUUUUUUCGUUCGUUCAUUCGUUGAUAAAUUUAUUUGUAUUUAGUUCUUUUAAUAGAUUCAUGUAGUAUUCAA